ACGAGUUCAUGCCGGUGAAGUCUUGGCCGGAACAAAAACCUGUUCUACAAACUUAUGAGAGAGAGACUGCUGGAACAAACAAAACUGAUUAUUUUUAAAAGGCUCAAACCAGUACAGCAUGGAGCACAGCAGACAGGCCAAGGGGUCUAACCUAUCUCGGGAGUUCAGACGUGGGCAGAACCACAUGGCAGCACCCCAAAAAGAUGCCUACUCCAGGCUGCUAAGCGAGCACCACAGCAGCAAGUUCCGUUCCUACCUCAACCAAUUUGCUCAGCAGCAGCAACAAAUAGAGGAAAGUCAUGGGCUCGCUGUUUCCGACCCCAUCCCAGACACCUCAGAAGCUCGUUCAUGGAAAGGGGAAAACAAGAUGAGGAAGACUGGGGUUAGGAAUGAGUACUCCACCUCCCCAAAUAAGGGGGCGCAAACCGAGAGCACCCUUUCCCUGUAUAUGGAGAAACUGAAUGAACGUGAGGAAGCUGGGGAGACCCUGGGGGUACAGCAGGGCAUGGCUGUCAGGCAGAGGCACAGCAAAAGGAAGGAUACCAACACUAGCCAGGACGGAGACGUGGAAUCUGGGGGUGAGGGAAAACAGACAGGCUCAAAGACUCAGCAGCACAAUGCUUCUUUAUUCAGGGGGCCUUCUGUUGAAAUACCCAGGCUGCCGCAUACCUCCGGGAACAAAGGGAUGACCCAUUCUCCAAGACAAGGUGCCGUUUUUCCAAAUCACAGCAGCGGCGGGGGCCCUGAGAAUCAGCAGGACAAGAAGAAAAAACUGAAGAAGAUGCAGAAGAAAGGGCGCCGUGACAUGAGGCAGGACGGUUCUGAAUAUCCGGAUGGGGAUUUGGUGCCUGCAGGGCACGUUCCACGUAGCGCUGAGAAGCAGUCUCUUUCUGAUAGAAUGACUGCAGGCCAGUCCCCAGGUAGAGGCUCCAGUUCUAAUGUGACUCCCAGUGACAAUGGUAGACACAGGUACAAUCCAGGCAGAGGAAGGAAUAGGCAAGUGUUUGAACCUUACAUGGCACCUCAGGAUGUGUCAGCAGGACUGAAGAGGUCUGAGCUUCUUCAGGGUCCAUUGAGAAUUAACCCCAAAAAGUACCAUGAGGCCUUCAUUCCUUCUCCUGAUGGGCUCCGGGAUAUCUUCAUUGACGGGAUUGUGCCUCGCAACAGAGCUCUGAAUGGCGAUGUGGUCGUGGUCAAACUCCUCCCCAGAGAGCAGUGGAAGGUUAUUAAGCCUGAUGAGGAGGAGACAGUGAGUGAAUCUGUUGCCCCUGGUGACCCCAGUGAGCGGGCGGGCAGUGCAGCUGCAGGCAGCACUACAGUAGAAGGAGGAGGCAGUCUGGGUCUCAUCAUUGAGGCACAGUUUGACAGUGACAAGGAUGGGCCAGGAUCCAGUCUGCUUCAUAACAGCAUGAAGAAUUUAAACCUCAAUACAGCAGGUUCAGCUUGUCCAGAAAACGGUGCAACCCUGACUUCAAAGCUUGGCACAAUCGAUCCCAGAAAUCUUGCAGAUAAGUUUCUUCAAAGGACUGCAAAAGUGGUGUAUAUUGCAGAGAAGAAACACUCUCGAGCUGUGACUGGGUUCCUAAAGUUCCUGCCUGACAAGGAGUUUGCCAUGUUCUCUCCGGUGGACCACAGAGUGCCACGGGUGAACGUGCCGUUGUCAGACUGCCCUGAGAACUUCAGCGCCCGCGCUGCCGACUACACCAACACCCUGUUCGUCUGCCGCAUCACGGAGUGGCGCGACAACAGCAAUUUUGCAGAAGGGCGGCUUGCUAAAAGCCUUGGACAGGCAGGAGAGAUUGAACCCGAGACGGAAGGCAUUCUGAUGGAGUAUGACGUGGAUUUCUCUGAGUUUUCCAAAGAGGUUCUAGGUUGUCUUCCACAGUCUCUUCCCUGGACAAUCCCUGCAGAAGAAUUCAAAAGGAGAAAAGAUUUAAGGAAGGCAUGCAUAUUCACUAUUGAUCCAGCCACUGCCAGAGAUCUGGAUGAUGCCUUGUCCUGCAAACCUCUCCCAGAUGGAAACUUUGAAGUUGGAGUUCAUAUUGCGGAUGUCAGUUAUUUUGUGGAAGAAGGAGAUGCUCUGGAUUCCAUUGCCAGCAGAAGAGCUACCAGUGUCUACCUGGUGCAAAAGGUGAUCCCCAUGCUGCCCAGGCUCCUGUGUGAAGAGCUAUGCAGUCUGAACCCUAUGACUGACCGGCUGACUUUCUCUGUGAUCUGGAAACUCACUCCCCAGGGGAAGAUCCUAGACGAAUGGUUUGGGCGCACAGUCAUCCGCUCGUGUGUGAAGCUGAGUUAUGACCAUGCUCAGAGCAUGAUCGAAGCCCCAGAGAAGCUGUUCUCUGCAGAGGAGCUGCCCCCGUUCUCCCCAGAGCACCCCGUGGAUGCGAUCCACCAGGCCGUGCUGAACCUGCACAGCAUUGCCAAGCAGCUCCGCAAGCAGCGCUUCGAAGGAGGAGCCCUGCGGCUGGACCAGUUGAAAUUAUCUUUCACGUUGGAUCGCGAGAGUGGGAUGCCCCAAGGGUGCUAUGUCUACAAGUACAGAGACAGUAACAAGUUGGUGGAGGAGUUCAUGCUUCUAGCGAACAUGGCCACAGCCCAUCAGAUCUACCGGUCCUUCCCAGACCAGGCGCUGCUGCGCUGCCACCCGCCACCCCAGACCAAGAUGGUGGACAACCUGCUGGAGUUCUGUGACCAAAUGGGGCUGAAGUUGGACUUCAGCUCUGCAGGUGCUCUCAAUAGAAGCUUGAAUGACGGGUUGGGCCUGGACGAAUACAGCAGUGCAAGAAAGGAGGUCCUGACUCACAUGUGCUCUCGCCCAAUGCAGAUGGCUGUGUAUUUCUGUACUGGGGUCCUGAAGGCGGAGGCCCUAUUCCGACACUACGCUCUGAACGUUCCCUUCUACACCCAUUUCACCUCCCCAAUCAGGCGCUACGCUGACGUCAUCGUGCACAGGCUGCUGGCUGCCUCGCUGGGCUGUGGGCCCCGAGUGAGAUUGUGUCAGAAUGACGUGCAGAAGCAGGCGUCCCAUUGCAACGACAAGAAGAUGGCCUCCAAGCGAGUGCAGGAGCUCAGCACAGAUCUCUUCUUCGCUGUCUUCGUCAAGGAGUCUGGCCCCCUGGAGUCUGAAGCCAUGGUGAUGGGAGUCCUGGACCAGUCCUUCGACGUGCUGGUGUUGAGAUACGGCGUGCAGAAGCGCAUUUACUGCAAUGCUCUCCCACUCCGGGAUUUCCAUUUCCGUAAAGUGGGAAAGAAGCCGGAGAUGACGCUGAUCUGGGCAGCAGAGUCUGAGUCAGAGGCUCCAGUACAGCAGGAGCUCUCAAUUUUCACGCUGGUGGAUGUGGUGUUGAAGGCUGAAGGCUCCAUGAAAUACAGCGCCAUUCUGAAACGACCGAGUGAGACGAUGUCAUGCUGAAACGACAGAGUGAGAUGAUGUCAUGAAAUCCAGAGGAAAAUACCACGGCCUCCCCGAAUGGAGUUUCCAAAAGCUGCUUGGAAAAGAAAACACAAUUAUUAUGAAAAGGUCAACAAUGGGAUGAUGCACUCAUGUUUUAAAUAAGUUUUGGUGUUUUAAGUUUGUUUUGGUGCAACGCAUCUUUACAGUACCUAUUUUUUUUAAAUUAUAUAUUUUUAUGUUCUUUAGUUACGUUUUUAACAGCAUCUUCCACAGUGGCAGGAGAACUGAAACAAAAAUGAGUGGUUACAGUUUUAUUCACUGAAGACAGCUCCCAAACCCUUACAGUUCAGGACACACAGAGCCAGCUCUGGAAGGACACAGGUUCUGUUCUGGCUAGCUGCUUUGUAGAGCUGCUGGGAAAAGUUAACUUUGUGCUAAUCCCUAUGGUAUGAUUUGUGUUUACAUUUUUAAAUGCUGUAAUUAAAUUUGGGGUUCUUCUUUAUUUUUAGGUAAUUCGUUUCUAAUAGACAACGCUCCUUAGUUUUGCACCAUGAACAGUCUGUUUUCCCUUUGGCACUGGAACAGCCUAACCGUUUGUGCGUCUCCAACUUUGGCUGCUGUAGUAACAAUGUGUUUGGUCUCUCCAGCUUCCUGUUCUCUAACAGUCUGGUGGGGGGGGGGGGGGUAUAGGUUCUCGCCCGUUGUUUCGUGUUUACGUAUGUUAUUGAAUUCCAGGUGUUUACGCUGUUGAGGUACGACUUUAAAGAACAAUUGGGUAUUGUGUUUUGUUUUAUUUUUUUCUGAACCAAAUUAAGAUAAUAACCACUAAGCCACCUAACUAAUGUCUCUUUGGGAUUCAAGUGCAGCUGCUGUAUUUGAGUAACACAUUUGUUUAAAGAGCUGCAGUGUAACUGGAAUUCCAAGGGCACUCAAGUCAAAAACCAUUAAUAUAGAAUGCAAAUCCUUUUUUUUUUUAUAAUUAUGGGUUUGAUAUUCCUUCAGCUGUUUGAUUAAAUUUAAUUGCUCGCUGCAGAAAAACAGAAUGUGACCUUAAUAGUCUUUUAAAUUUCUUUGUGAUUCAAAAUGUGGUGCUAGAGAAAUGAGCUUAUUAAAAUGACAUUUUGACAUUUCAUGUCAGGUUACUUCAUUUAUAUAAUAAGUUAAACUUUUCUGAAGGUCACAUUUUUAAAUUAUUUAAUGAAAACAUUGACAGGUGGCAGAGCAAUGUUUUCACCAAGGAAAAUGCAUUAAAUAAAUAAAUACAUGCAUGUGCUACUCCUUAUUCAACACAGCUUGUCUGACUGCGUAUGAAAUGUAGAUUUUUAAGAAUGCUAAAGAUCAGCUGUAGCGAUUGGAAAGAAUAGGUAGUUUUUGGACAAUAGAUCUUGCUAGCUGCAGCAUAGCUAUGCCAAGUUUAAGCGUCUGUUUACCUUUGUGUGUCAAGCUGACGUGCGGUUUUCCAGCAUUUCUGCUUUUGCGGCCUGCUUUGCCGUCUGUUUUGCCAACAAGUGACAAACGAAGCACAACCAAAACUUGAAAUCCGAAUCACACUGUAACCAGUGCCCUGCCAUAAUGCUGAGUGUAGGACUCCACACAAAAGCUCUGUUGCCUUUGUUUACAGUUUGCUACUACUUACACCCUGUGCCAUGACAUUCUCCACCUACUGAUCUUUUUCAGUGCUUCUGCUCAACGUUGCAUACAAAGAGGGUCCUCAAGGCAUGGCUCUUGACCACUGUUGUGGGCACCAAGGUCACUUCUAAUGAUUGUGUUAAAGGAAUGCUAUCCAAGGUUAACAUUAUUACUGCCCCUUUAUCGCACUGGAAAUCUCUGAUUUCUUUUGUUCUGUUAUUCAUGAUGUGCAGAUAUUUCAAAUAAAUCAUUAGAAAACCUGCUGCGUUCUGGUACCUGUGCUGUUGGUCACAUGGUCUGUGAUUGCAGCAAGGCCGUUGGAGAGAAUCUGAACAACAAAUGAAGCGAUUGGGAACCAGAAUGCAUUAUCUGCAUAAUGUCGUGGAACUUUUCAGGUCCGCAACUAAAAGAGCCAACUGCACUAGGUGUUCAGAGAUAUAUAAAGCUUUAUU